GUGGGGAAGUAGCGGCGGAAGAAAAUAAACCCUAACGACCUUGCGAGCCUGGGCGGACCCCGUUCCAGAGCUGGGGGGGGGUCUCUUCUCCGCUCGCCGGGCGAGCUCCACCCAGCUCCCCUCCGGCUCCGAGGGAUCAGGUGACCGGCGGGCGGCGCGGUCACGUGACGGGCGCGCCCGCCACUUGUGGCCAUGGCGGCCGCAGGCUCGGCUGUGGUGAAGCGGGUGGAGGAGCUCGGGGACCUGGCUCAGGCCCACAUCCAGCAGCUCAGCGAAGCCGCCGGCGAAGACGAUCACUUUUUAAUUCGGGCCUCUGCAGCGCUAGAAAAAUUGAAACUUUUGUGUGGAGGAGAUAAAGAAUGUUCAAGUCCUUCAGAUCUUCUAGAACUUUAUACACAGGCUAUUUUGGACAUGACAUAUUUUGAAGAGAACAAGCUAGUAGAUGAAGAUUUUCCUGAAGAUUCAUCUCCAAAAGUAAAAGAGCUGAUCAAUUUUCUUUCAGAACCAGAAGUACUAGUUAAAGAAAAUAACAUGCAUCAAAAACACUGCAAUUUGCUUGGGGACGAACUUCUGGAAUGUCUUUCUUGGAGACGAGGAGCCCUGCUGUAUAUGUAUUGUCACUCUCUAACCAAAAGAAGAGAGUGGCUCACAAGAAAAUCUAGUUUGCUUAAAAAGUACCUUGUUGAUGGAAUUCGUUACUUGCUACAGAUGCUAAAUUUUCGAUCUCCUGUCCAGUUAAAUGAAGAAGUUUCUUUCCAAGACCUAGACACAGCUAAAUUACUGAGUGAAGGAAUAUUUAGUGACAUCCAUUUACUGGCGAUGAUGUACAGUGGAGAAAUGUGUUACUGGGGAUUGAAACAUUGUGCUGACCAGCAGCCAGAAAAUAAGGGAAUGGAUCCUGGGGAUUCUGGAGCAAGUGACAGCACACACAAAGAACCCUUGGAUUUCCGAGAAGUAGGAGAAAAAAUUUUGAAAAAGUACGUAUCUGUGUGUGAAGGACCCCUGAAAGAACAAGAAUGGAAUACGACAAAUGCAAAGCAAAUUCUAAACUUCUUUUCGGCAUCGCACUAAGUAGUAAGUUUAUCCAGACCUUUCAGGCAGUAAAAUAAAGACCCGUGAAUUAGAAAAGUUUCAGAAAAGAAGAAUUAUUGACAUUCUGAAUUUAAGAACACUGUUCUUAAAUUACACUACAUAAAGAUACUGAGCAUGGUUAUACUUUUUAAAAUGUCAUUGUCAUUUUUCAUAAAAUAUUCUUUCUUUUCUUUUUUUGCGGGGAAGGGUUUUGGGCUAUACCCAGCAAAACCCAGGUCUUACUCUGGCUCUGUGCUCUGGGGUCGCUCUUGGCAGUGCUCGGGAAACUCUGUGUAGUAAUGGGGAUCAAAUGGGGGUUGUCCAUGUCCAAGGCAAGCCCCUUAACCCCUGCACUGUUUUCCCAGCCCCCAUUAUAUAUUCUGUAAAGGAACAGAUUUUUAAUUUUGAAAAUGGCAUGUAUGUUAUUCUAAAUCAACCUGAACUAUAGAUAACUUGUCAUAUCUGAAUUUUAAAUUUAAGUAACCCAAUUUUAGCUUUACAAAGUAAUACAGUAUGUUAAGAGUAUUUUUUAUUGUUCUAAAGUAUUCAAAACAAUAUUGAACAUUAUAAGUUUCUUUAGAUUUUUAGAAAAUAUUCCUGUCUUCAAUUUUACUGUGCUUCAAAGAUUAAAAACAAUGCACCUCACCAUUUCAAAUCUAUGGUAUAGAUAUAAAAAUUGGCAAAUGGAAAGAUUAUGACUAAUACUUAGGUUCUGUUUUCAGAUAAGAUAGUGAAACAUUUUGCAAAAUAAUUUUUGCCUAAUCUUUACUAUGCAUUAUUAAUGGCACUUAAAAUUUUUUUAGAUGUUUUAUAAAAAUUAAAAGAAUUUCCUAUUUUGUUUAAAAGGAUACUCAUUCAGUUUAUCAAAUAAGUAUUGAAGACAAAACCAAGUUAAGUUAGUUUAGUUGAGCUCACUUGUCUCUAUGGCACAUGUUUCCAUAUGUAUUACAUUUUUCUGUCUUGAUUUUUGAUAGUAGGGGUGAGUGAUAAAGGCCAGAGUGCCUGACUUGCUAUCUUGCUUAGUCUUUCUGUCUACCUCAACUCCUAUUGCCAUUUUGGGUGAUCUGUCUUGAUAUCUUGCCGAUAUCCUUAACCUUUGUGCCAGUGAAUUUAUGACAUUCCAGGAACUUGCUUCCAGGACUAUGCCUUGAACACCACCAUUCUGUGGUAAUCUUUGAAAUCAGAACUUCCAACAACUGGUGACAGUUCUUAUCUUCCAAGAGUUUCAUCUCUUUAUUUUCAGUAAUAUUUCCUGUCCUUUUAGUCUACCAUCUCUUUAUCCUCUUCACAUAUUUCCUGUCCUUUGUAUUCUACCAUCUCUUUAUCCUCUUCACUGCCUGCUCCUUUGACACUUCCCUCUUGGCACAAGGAGAAUAUCUCUACCCUGCCUGGCCUGGUGUCUCCUUGUAGAACUCUGUGAAAAUUUUUAUUCAACUUUUUAAGAGAUUUCACAGGCUUAUCUGAGAACGCAGAGAAUGGGUUUUGGACCACCGUAGUGAGAUAAGUUGCACAACUCUUUUUUGGUUUCCCAACACAUAUAAAAUUAUGUUUAUAUGAUGCUGUUGACAUGUGCACUAGAGUUGUGUCUUAAAGAAAAUGUAAACAUUGUGUCUUCUGUGUAUUCCCUAGUUAAGUGUGACACAGAGACACAGGUGAAUGUGUGGCUUUUGAAAAAUGGAGCCAGUAGACUUGCUCCAUGGGGGCUGCCAUGGAUUUGUUAAAAAACCUUAGAUUUAUUUAAAACUGCAACUUCUGCAGUGCGUAGUCGAGCGGUGAGCUAUAAGAAGGUAUGCCCGGACUGUGAAGAUACCUUUGUGCUUUCUAAUUCUAAAGCUGUAACUCAUUUUUCGUAUGUGUUUUAGAAACACAGACUACCCACCCCACCUCCCUUUUGGAGCAUCAUGAUCAACUGCAAGUAAAUCCCUCCCCAGUGUGCUGGUGUGUUUUUCCCCUUCGCUGCCCUUUGCACAUUUCAUCACUACUACCUGAAAUGCUUUGUCUUCCUUUGUGGUCAAAUGAUGACCUAGUUAGCUUUUAGGACUCAGCUCAGUGAUCCCGCUUCUAUGAGGCUUUCUGUUGGUCUUCCCCGUCAAAAUGAGAUGAUUCUUUGCUUGUUCCUUCAAUAUUACUUUUUUUAUGUUACCACUUUGAUUCCAUUGUAUAGUACUUAAUUCUUUUAUGAGUUGGUAAACUUUAUAACUUUUUUUUUUUUGCUUUUUUUGGGUCACACCCGGCAAUACACAAGGGUUACUCCUGGGUCUGCACUCAGGAAUUACUCCUGGUGGUGCUCAGGGGACCAUAUGGGAUGCUGGGAAUUGAACCUGGGUCAGCUGCGUGCAAGGCAAAUGCCCUACCUGUUAUGCUACCGCUCCAGCCCAAAACUUUAUCAUUUUUAAAAAAUCUUGACACAUAGUGUUUAGUGAUAGACGCUUAGUGAUUUUUUUAAAAUAAAAGACAUUAAUUACAAGUGCCAAACUGGCCAGAAGGGUUGCAUCUAUUGUACUUUAAACUGCCAUGCCCUCUACCAUGUUUGAACAGGCAAACGGAUUUACUCAAAGGAGUAAAGUGUUAUUUUGGUUUAGAACUUGAGAAAACAAGUAAAGUCUCUUUGGAACUUCCAUUUUGUCUUUUACACUUUGGUGAAUCACUAGGGUCUUUCACUGAUUGGUAUAAUUAUGAGGAAAAACUGGGUGCUUUUUGUGCAACUUUUCUAUACCUCCUCAUCCCCCACUUUUCCCCCACACAAUUGGAGAAUCAUUUAUAGACCAUAAUAACUAAUGGUUUUUGUAUUACAAAAAGGUUAUUACAGCAAUGCUAAUUACAGCAGUGGUUACUGUGUUACAAAAUCAUGGCCAACAUGUUUUGUACAUGCUAAAGCCUGCUAAGUAAAUUAUUUCAUUUAGAAUAAAGUAAACUCAAGAUAACCAAAUUCUCCUCUAGAAGAAAAUACUUUAAUUCACUCAAUUCACAAAUGUUCUGUGCCUACUGCAGCCAUGUUUUGUCGCAGGCUUUGAGGAUAUCGCUAAAGCAUAUUUUUUUUGAGCUUGUGUUCUAGUGGAGCACAUUUUAAGAAGUGGAGAUUAUUAAUGUAUGUUCAGGUACGAGAGCUUUGAAGAGUGAAGUGGGUGUGUCACCGACAGACGUGUUUCCUACACACUGGCCACACAGUCACUCUGAGCACUUGCCUGCUUUAGUAUGUCUUCAAACAUACCUUCAGUAUAUUCAGGAAAGCUCUCUUUGUUCUGGAAGUUGUGUGUGUGUGAGAACCAGGGCUUCUCACAUGCAUGGCAAGUGAUUCAGCAUUGAGGUACAUCUCUAGUUCCCUUGUAAUGUAAUGGCGCCUUGUGCUCAGGGCUUGCUCCUGGUUCUGUGCUCAGGGUGGUACUGGGGAUCAAACCCCCUUGGCCUCAUGCAGGACAAGCAUCUUACCUGUACUAUUGUUCUGGCCUUGUUACAGAAGUUUUAUUACUGAGUUAAGGAGUGAGUUACUACCUGAGGCAUUCUCAGUUUGAUUACAUUUGAAGGGUUUCUCUCCAGAGUGCUUUAGGAUGAGCGGUGAUGGAAGAGCAUUGCUGCAUUUAUUCAGCUCUGGGCUUCUCUUUUGAGUUAUUUGAUGGUUGCUCAAACUUCAAGUAUUAAAGGAGUCUUCAUGCUUAAGUUUCUAUGACUCUUUCCAAGUUUCAGUUUUCUGAGGCUAAUAAGGCUUUCAGAGUUAAGACCUGGAGCUGGAGAGAGUACAGCAGGUAAGGUACUUGCCUUCUCACGGCUCACCUAUUUGAUCCCUGGUCCCCAGCAUGUCAUAUGGAAGCUCCCUGACUAGUGCCAGGAGUGACACCUGAGCACAGAGCAGGAUUAUGCCUCAAGCAUAACUGGGCCUGACCUGAAUGCCCUCCCCACCAAAAAAAUAGACUUAAGGCCUGGCCUGUCUGUUUUGCUAUACUUAUAGGGUUUUUGGUACAGUCAACUGAUGCUGAUUAAGGUGCAACUCUCAACUAAAAGUUUUCCUAAUCUUUUGCAUAUAAUAGAGUGAGAUGAGAGUUUUAGCUAAAAUCCCAUAAUAAAAUUCUGUUCCUAGUUGUACAGUCCCACUGUGAGUUCUUUGAUGUUCUCUAAAGUCUCCUUAUGUCUGAAGGCAUUCCUAAAUUCACUGGAGUCAAAGAUCAAAACCAGGGCUUCUCACAUGCAUGGCAAGUGAUUCAGCAUUGAGGUACAUCUCUAGUUCCCUUGUAAUGUAAUGGCAUUUAAAAUAGCUUGGGGCCUGAUCGAUGUGCACAGUACAUAAAAUGCUUGCCUUACACAUGACCAAUUGCAAUUCUAUCCCCUGCGUCCCACAUGGUCCUUCAAGUACUGCCAGGAGUGAUUCCUGAGUGCAGAGCCAGGAAUAAGCCUAGAGCAUCACUUCGUGUGCCCCCAAAUCAAAAUAAAACAGAAAUUCCAGUACAGCUUAAUGAAUGAGGUUCCAAACAACAUUCCUGGGGGUCAAUUCUUGAUAACCCAUAGUCUACUCCCCCCUCCUCCCUAAAAAAGUUAAAUCCAAACUCCACAGGUGGCUGGCUUGUUAGUUUUAGGUUGUCACUUUUCUGUACCUACCAGGGCUCCUCAAUUGGUUCCUAUAAAGCUAUUGCAUCUGCCAUAGAAUCCAGUAUUCUGUCAUUAUUUAGUGUUACUUCCUGUUAUUAUAUAUUUUUUACCGCAGUAUGAGAUGCUAUGUUAUAGAAGUAUUACAUUUAAAUACAUAAACUGUAUCUAUGAUUAAAGUGUACAUUAUGUAUUCACGAUGGUGUUCUUUCCUUUUUUUUUCUCCUACUUACAGUAAAAAUUCCAAGUAAAAUGUUUUGGAGCAUAGAAAAUAAAAAAAAAAAUAAAACCAGUAUUCCUUUAUAA